AUGUUUAUUUAUCACCCCGAAGAACCAGAAAACAUUAUCUACCUUACAAGAACCCCAAAUAGUUCUUAUUAUUCAAAUCCUUUUUCUUUAUAUUCACAACCAUGUUCAAAUAAUUAUCAUAAUAAUUACUAUAAUAAUAAUUAUUAUAAUAAUAAUUACUAUAAUAAUAAUUACCGCAAUAAUUAUCAUCGUAGUAACCAACGUCAAAGUAAUUAUUAUCACGAUAAUAAUCGUCUAAAUGAUAACGUAAAUUCAUUUUAUCAUAAUAAUAGAAAUAAUUUAAAUCGAUCUGAUUCUACCCCUAAGCCCGAGAAAAUAAAUAUAAAUAAUACGCCAUCAAAUUUUAUUGACCUUGAAAGAUUAACUCAAAGACCAAAAAAAUUUAAUAAACGUAAUAAUUUCACUACUUUACCCAAGAGAUCUACGUCGAUUCCCAUCACGACACCAUCUGAUUCUUCCGACAGAAAAGUCGAAACAACAAUUAAUAAAAAUGAAGCAUCUCAAAAGAUUUCCAAUUUCUUAAAGACUAGUACUGGUAAUCGUAAAACUCGAAAUAUUCUCUCAAAACUUUUACAAUUAAGAGAAAUACAAAAUCAAUUGAUUACUUUGGAAUCUCAAAAUUAUCAAUUGGAAUUGACGUUUAGUGACGAACAGACGACAUCACAAUUAUUACCUAUAUCUACAAACAAUAGACAAUUUCUUGAAUAUGAAUAUACAAUUUUGAAAGUUAUAGAAAAGUUGGAUAAAAUUGGAAGUGAUGGAAACGAACUUAUUAGAAAAAGAAGAAAAGAAGUUAUAAAAUUAGCUCAAGAGAUUUUAAAUCGAUUGGAUCUUGAGAAAGAAAGGCAAUGGAAAAAAUAUAAAAUGUCUAAAGAGGAGAGAACAGAAAAAUCUAUAAACGUGAAUGAGAAUGUCCAAGUCGGCCAUUCAGUCGCCAAGAUAGAAGAAUGA